CUAAGUUUCGAACAAACCAACAUAAAUUUUUUUAUUUUUAACUUUAAACCCAAAUGAUUUGCGAUUCUCUUUUCUGAAAGUUUUGAAUUGGCCAAGUUUUCCCGCCCCCCGCCGUCCCACACAAGCCGCCUUCGUCCUUGACAAUAAAGAGGAUAGGCGAUAGUAUACAAUACAUGGGCCUCAACAAUGUGUUUGUCUAAUAUUUAUUUAAAGUUUCCGCGCCAAUUAUGUCCAAACGACACCAGAAAGAGAACAGGAAGCGACCGGUGGUGAACGGUGCGGAAAAAAUCGCGAAAACCGACCAGAUCGUCGCCUUGAAUGCCGUUAUCGGUGCCGCAAACGUCAAACGUUGGACCGAGCUCAAGUUGUUGUUCUCUUGCCCGUCGAACGAACAAUUCGUUUCGAUCCUAUUGGAUUUCGCAGAAACUGAACUUAACAGCAAUAAACAAAAUGGAAUUAAAUCCACAUCAAUGCAAAAUGGAUUUCAUCAAACAAAUAUAUCUUCCGAAAAUUUUAAGUAUUCCCAAAAUAGUCUUUCAUUACAAAAUAAAACCACCGAAAUUAUUAAUCAAAUUGCAAAUAAUGAAAACAUAGCAAAUUAUAAUGAAAACAAUCGAUAUAGUAUAAAUCAAAAAUCAGAAUUAAUCGAUUCAAGUAGUACAGAUAAUUUUACAAAUAUCUCAAAUGAAAUUCUUAAAGAAGAAUUAUGUGAUGAUCCUAUUGGAAAAGACGUCGAUGUUGAUAAGUGUAAUAAAUCGCCUCAAAAACGAAAUAAAAGAAAAGAUAGUGAAAAAGUGAAAAAGAAAAUUACUACUGGUAACAAUAAAUGUGAGAGUAAAAGUAAGAAGAAGAUUGAUAUAGAUAUUAGAAAAGCGCCGGAAUUUAAUAGCGCGCAAGAUUUAAAGUUAACAAACGGGGAAGAAUUCACCGAAAUUGUAACUAAUAUAAAACGCGAAACGGUCGACCAAUCUGAUCAAAACGAUUCGAAACCGCAACAACCCCAAUGUACAAAAUGUUAUUCGAAACACGUCCAAAUCGAAUGUCCUUUCGACGAACCAAUCGCUGUUUUAACUGAUGCUCUGUCUUAUGAUGAAUGGAAACAAAAAAAUUUAACAAACACUUCGGCCGAAUUUAAAGUGGAAAACUUAGAAAUUGACCAAGCAGAAACCGAAACCAACAACACAGAUUACAAUUUCAAAUUAAGUUAUAGUUAUUUAUCAUUACCCGAUCAAUUAUAUUUUAACGACACCAACAACGAUCACGGUUUAGGCGUUUUCGCCACUCAUGAAAUUCAACAAUUUACACAAUUAGGACCCAUUGUUGGUAAAAUUGUUAAAGAAGUUGAUGUUCCAGAAGAUAGCAAUAUGAGAGAUUUAUGGGAAAUCUGUUCAAGUGAGAAAAGUUUUAUUUAUUUAAACACUGAAGAUUUACAUUUGAGUAAUUGGGCGAGAUUUGUCCGACCAGCUCCUAGCAGAGAAAGUCGAAAUUUAUGUGUUAUUGCAAAAGAGGGCUUACUAUAUUUUUUUAGUGUUAGAGAUGUUAAGGAAGGUGAAGAAUUAAUGUAUUGGCAGGAUGGAGGUAGUGUUUGUAAGAAGAAUAAAGUAGAAAAAACUAAUUGUGGUGGAUGUAACAUGAAUUUUGGUCAUCCAAUUUACUACAGAAUCCACUGUAACAUAUUCCACGAUGUAAGAUACAGUUUAACAAUCAGAAAGUAUCAUUGUAAAGUGUGCGGAGCUGCCGUUUUGGGAAAAGAGAACAUUAUGAAACAUGCUUCUGAAUUACAUAAUGGCCAAGGCGCUUAUCAAUGCCAAUUUUGUAAAAAGUUCUUCCUUCGAUUAAAUUACUUAGAAAUGCAUAGAACUUAUGGGUGCUCAGCAAACCCUCAAAGAUCACGCCCUUUAUGCGAUUUUUGUGGCCGAAAAUUUUGUCAGCCGCAAAAAUUAAAGGUUCAUAUAAAAAGAAUGCAUGGUGAUAUGGCUGAUAUUUUAAAAGACUUCCAAUGCAAAAACUGCAUGAAAAUACUUGGUUCAAAAGCCGCUUUACAAAGACACGUCAAAGAAGUCCAUCAAAAACAAGUAGACGACGCAUGCGCUUGCACUAAAUGCGGGAAAAUGUUCCAAAACAAAUCGAAUUUAAAAAUCCAUAUGUUAACUCACAGUGGGAUAAAACCGUUUAGAUGCAACGAAAAAGAAUGCUCAGCGGCGUUUACAACAAAACAAUGUCUACAAUUUCAUUAUAAAAAGGCGCAUGGUUUGCUUGAAGAUCAAAUGCCGAAAAUUGAAAGGAGUGUCGAUUACACAUUCGAAGCUUACAGCGGAGCUGACGAUCAACCAAUGUCCGAAUCGGAACAAAAAGAAGAUAAGAAAAGAAAAUUCGAUAGUAGCAGCGACGUGGAUGAUAUAAGUUUAGAUGGGAAAAAUUGCGAUCAACCGCAACAAGAAGAACCUGCUAAUUCAACUCAACAAAACGAUAAUUCAUCAAGUUCGAAUCAAAGUAAUCUCGGAAAUAUCGAACCUUCCUAUUCAACCUCGGGGAUGAAACUUUUAACUAAAGGUAGCAAAAAAUGGAUGGCGUCUGAUUUAGAUAUUUAUCAGGUUGAUAAAACGAAACAAAAAGUUGAUGAAAAUAUGGGGUUGGAAAUGGAAGAGUUGCAAACAAGGGAUCAACAAUAUGAUCAUUUAAAAUUAAAUUCAAAUUUAAAUACUUUUAAUCGACAAGAAUCUUCUAACGCGAGUUUGUUAGUCGAAGCUGCUUUAGAUUCGGUUUGUAGCGAACCUAAUAUUGAUAUAGACGUUAAUAGCACCACGAAUUGUACUGAUGCUUUAGUUAAUAAUUUAUAUACACUUUCACACGCCGAUGCUUUACCCGACGUAACUUACAGCCAUUCAGUUGAUAUGACGGAAAGUCGUGAUAUAAACUUAAUUUCACCAUCGGUGAAUGAUCACAUUUCAGUUACUGAUGAUUUAAACGAUGAGUUACGUCAUUCCCAAAAUAUUCGCAUUGAUUAUUCAAGUUUUCCUCAAGAUGAUUUUAGCCCACCAAAUAGCCCAAGUAUUCAAAACCGCAAUAAUUUCGUUCGCGACUACAUCAACUCCCCUCAAAAUAACCCAAAUUACGAUAACGUUUCGAAAAAUGUUUCCCCAGCUAAUAGUCCCCCAAGAUACGAUUUUAGCCACAAUGUUAAUCCAGAUAAUAUAUCUUCCGAUGAUAGUAACGGGAUUGGUGUUCAAAAUUUAAGUAUACAUAACACGAAAGAGAACGCACAACUCGAUUUAUCAUUAUACAAAUCGCAUUAUAAUUUAGAUCCGAAUUUCCAAUUUAGGAAAGAUUUUAGAUUAAAAUUCGAUGAAAAUGAUAGGAAAUUAUAUUUAGGAAUGGAUGUUCCGAAAAGUUACGACGAUAUCCAUAAGUUUACGUCUGAAAUUCCGAAUCAAAAUGAAUUAGAUUUGCAAUCGCGCGCUUUGAACGAUAAUCAACUUCAAGAACAGGAGAAAUUAAAAGAAAUCGAAAACAUACGUAAAUUUGAUCUUGAUUUAGAUUUACGAAAAAAUUAUGAUAAUUUAGACUCGGAAUUAAGAAGUAGAAAUACCUACGAUAACACAAUCGAUGAUUUUAGAAUAAAAAGUUACGAUUUGGUUGAAAAUUUGGAAACUAGAAAUAGUUUGGAAAAUCGAAAUUUAUUGGAUACCGAUUUUAGGCCGGAUCGGAGUUUUGAACAUCUCGUUUUAAAUUCGGCAGAACUUCAAGGUCUCGAUAUGUCGGCUCGUAGUUAUCAUAAUUAUUCAAAUUUAAAUAGAUAUCAUCAUUUAUAUUCGGAUGUAGAUCGCCCUACGGUUGAUUUAAGAUUAAAUUAUAAUUCGCCAUCGCAAAAUUACACGCACGCGGAUAUUUUACGCGUUGUUUCUUUGGAUUUAACACCCCCGGGUCGACAUAGUGUUGAUUUAAGUUUAAGAUCUCAUCAAAUAACUAAUUCUCGAUUACUUUCCGAUCAUACAAUUCCAACAAAUCAUCGAUUAUCCUUAGAUCAAUCUCGAUUAUUAAGUAGUGAAUUAAACGCGCCUCGUCAUAUGAACGAUGGACGAUUAGUUUCAGUUUCUGAUAUGAGUAAUAGAAUAUUAUCUGACCAUUCAACGAAUCGGUUGUUAACAAAUGAUUCGAAUAGAUUGCUUAGUUCUGAUCAAAGAUUGCUUCCGGAUGAGGGUAGAUUAAUAAGUGAUCAACCUCGUUUGUUAGAUCAAGGAAGGAUUUUAGGUGAUAGUAGAAUACUACCUAAUAAUGGAAGUAUAUCUCCUGUUCCUUAUAGUGGUUAUUCAGUGUCUCCAACACCUUACCAUCCGACCGCGCUACCUCCCCGACCUCAUGUUGCGUCCCCUAAUCCAUCAUACCACCAUUAUUCAACAUAUUAUUAAUUGUAAAAGUUAUUUUUGAACGCUAUAUAUCUUGUAAUAUUUUCAUUUAAUUUAUAUUUAACAAUUUAAACAAGAACAAAUUAAUCUUUAGUUAUAUUAGCUUAAUGAUUAAAUAGUUCGAAAUAAGCAUGACAAGAAAAAGCAUCUAGUACCGUAAUUGUAGUUUAUUGAUAAAGUACUUAUUGUAAGAAUGUUAAAAUUCUUCCGGAAUUCGUUUUUUGCAUUAAUCGUAGCGGUUAUUUCUCUCUAGUCAAUGUGAUUUGUACUUUAUCAACUCUUCAUUUGUACAUAUACAGUGCCAAAAUGUAUAUACUUUUUCGCAAUUUUUAUUUAUUAUUAAAGAUUUUUACCAUUAACAUAUCGGAAA